AGCAAACAGCAGUUGCCUGGGAACAAAAGAAAACAAAUGCCAUGUCUGGAGAAGAGAAUCCAGGAGCAGCAGACUGUCUCACAGACAACAUGUCAGCUACUACCUACUGUCACAACAGCCUGACUAGGUUUUAUUUACAGCUCCCUUAAUGUUGGCUAUGAUCACAAUUAAUGGGAUACUGAAGUGAGGCGUAUUGUUGGAUCUAAGGAAGUGGACUAAUUAAUGCUGCUGGCCGGACUCUGUUGGGUAACCCGAUCUUACAGACCUGUUCCACUGUCAACUCCUCUGUCACAGUGCACUGCUGAUCACCAUUAACUACAGACCUGGUCACUGCUCCGUCACUCCCUGCAGCAGCCGGGAUGGCCAAGGGAAAGAAAAACAAACAGACAACCAAAAGUAAGACAAUCACCCUGAAAAUGGCUCAGAGCUGUGUCACGCUGACCUUGGACGGCAAACGCUGCCUGGACCUCAGCUUCAAGGAGAUCUCCGCGGUGCCGAAGUGCAUCCAGAAGCUGUGUGAAAUCAACGAACUGGACCUGAGCAGGAACCUGAUCAGAAAGGUCCCGGACUUUAUCGACCAUUUCACCGCCGUCACUGUCUUGGACCUGCACAGCAACUAUCUGGAGCAGCUGCCUGAGACUAUUGGUCGCCUCCAGAACUUGCUGAUUCUGAACCUGUGCAACAACCGUCUGACGAGCCUCCCCUGCGAGCUCGGCCUGCUGAAGCAUCUCCAAACACUCAAACUGGGUCUAAACCAGCUGGAAGCUCUGCCCUCCUCCAUGGCUGGGCUGAAGGAGCUCCGCCACAUCGGCCUCUCCGACAACCGCUUCACCCGGGUCCCCGGCUGCCUCAAGCGGCUGAACAAGCUGGAGAGCAUUAACCUGGACCGAAACCCCCUCGUCACCGAGGAGGCACCCAGCCGGGAGUCGCUCACGGUGACGGAGACGCUUUACCUGGUCAAAGAGAGCGCCCUGUGUGAGGGCUGUUUGGACAGGUGUCAGACUGAGAGGAGGAAGCUGGAGGAUGAGGAAACGAGGAGGGAGCCUGGAUUACUGCAAAUCAGCCACCCUGCAGAGUUCACUUCAAAAUCACACCCACGCAAGGAAAUUUAAAAUUAUCAUUUAUAACUCAAUUUAUUUUACUUUACUGUACUCAAACUUAUGAGUUGAUUCCACAUUGUAAUGUGUGUUCAGUUGUAAAGUGGUGUUAAUUUACACUAUAGCACCAUCUGCUGUUCUGACAUCUACAUGGAGCCUAAUUGAAUAUGCACUAGAUUAGAGGAUGUGCUGGUAACAAACUGAUAUGUGUGGAGCUGAUAUUUUUUGUCAUAUACAAUACAAUGUUAUGUGGAUGCCUGUGAACACAUGGGAUUUGAACUGUUUUCUUUCUUCAACUGCAUUUUUAAGCAGCAGGCCACAUCUAUUGAAAGUUUUUCAAAAUAAAGUCUCACAUGAUUGAAAUCAGUAUUGUAAAAAGUACCCAGAAGUCAUACUUGUGUAAGAAUAAAGAUACUGAAUUAAAAUA